CUGAAAAAGUUGCCCACCGACAACCGUGUACCAUUACAACAUACUAGCAGUACUGCGAAGUCGAUCGGCUGACCCUAGUCUGAGCAUUUUGCGAGAAGCUCUUUAUCACAUGUGCUCUUCUUGAACAAUUUAAACCUUUGGGUCUAGAAGAUCAGACCUCUUGCGCACUCUCCCACCUGGGCAGCCUCGAAGAUCGACGCAAUCAUGUCCGAAGCUCACAAUCCACCGCUCAACUACGAACCAUCCGCGACCGCAACACACCGCAUCGUCUCCUCCACCUUGCCUCCAGAAGUGUCACAAUGCCUCCAGAACUCGAGGUUCCUCCAUCUGGCCACGAUAUCCGCCACCGAAAGCUCCCAGCCGACACCGCACGUUUCGCUGAUGAAUUAUACUUUCCUCCCUUCAUAUAAAGAACACGGUCCUGUCAUCAUCAUGACCACCAACGCCCAGUCAAUCAAGACACGGAACCUGCUGCAUAAUCCGAAGGUGUCGCUCCUGGUUCACGACUGGGUUUCCCAUCGGCCGCCAACUGCAAGCUCCGUCGUGGGAGAACGGUCGGGCAGUCCCCCGGCGGCGGCAGCUCGAUCUAGCCUGGCAAGCCUGCUGUUGAACCUCAACACUUCAGCUUUGAGUUCCAUAUCUACCACCAUCGCAGGUGAAGCCCGGUUUCUGGAGCAGGGAAGUGAGGAAGAAAAAUGGUGCAAGGAAGCACAUCUUGCCAAUAACACAUUUGGAGAUCAAGUGAGACAAGAGGCAGGCAUGUUUGGAGAUGGCCCCAUUACAGAAGGCAACAGCAGCUGUUAUAUUGCAGGAGACGAUGUGAGGGUUGUCUUGGUCCCAAUACGCGAAGGCCGGAUAGCUGAUUGGAAGGGAGGAGUCAAGGAUUGGGUUUUGGUCGAUGAUGGCUCCGCGCCUACCACGACAGAUGUUGAAAGAGGUCGAAGCAAUGGUCAACCAGUGGUGAACGGUAUUAUUGAUUGAAGUGUCCAAUGUUUCUUCAUCACCAUAUCUUGUUGGGUGGGAAAAGCCGGGCAUUUCUUAUUCCACCCUGGCUGUGUGGCUGGGCAGGGGGCCGGUUCCCGGUUGCUUUGAGCCCAACUUGAACACCUAACAAACCCAGACAUUGCUGUGAUAUCUCCCAGUGCCGGCACUGCACUAGCCAACAGUAACGCCAUCUUGCGUACCGUGCCUCUGGUUUCCAAAUGCGAGGCCAUACCAACAAAGUCUCAAGCGCUAAACUCAAAAUAUCUGCAUAGAUAGCCGCCUGCCGGAGAGGAGGCGUGGGAAGUGAAGCGGAGCGAGGGGUUAUUUACAUGAAGAGGUGGAGGGAGAAGUUCGACGACGCAAGCCCGAACGAUGUCAAGGCCCCAGAGCUGAAAGUGAUUGCAGGACUUGGCUGGAGGAAUCGGCAGCCAGUAAUGCUGAUGGUUGUGGCUCUUCACAUCACCGUGCAUUUCGAGUCUUCCUUGGAUCUAGCUGGUUUGACUUGGAGGGCGACUCUGGCGGCUUCCGUAAAAGCUUCAUUAACUCCACGAUUUCGCAUGGCCGAGCAUUCUGCAGAGCAUGUCAGACAAAUCACCAAAAUACACCACAAGGGUGAAUUCGCAUCCGCAACGUACCGAGAUAUCUUAAAGCACCAAUUUGUCUUGCUACUUCCAAACCUUCGUUGUAUUGUAUCAUGGUUCUCGGAGGCGCAGUCCGUUCUUCCUCGUCGUCUUUCUCUUGUUCUUCCCGCAAAUCACAUUUGAGGGCGCAGAGGACGAUCUUGACACCAGGACAGUGUUCGUUGAUCUCUGCGAUCCAUUUCGUGCCGACGUUUUCCAGAGAUCCUCGAUUGUCGACCUAAACAGAUCGCCGUUCAUGUCAGCCACCCGCUCUUUUCCAGCAUAUAACCUCUUGUGUCCGCAGAACAUACACUGAAGCAUAGCAUGAUCGCCUGUGUGUCAUCGUACGACAACGACCGUAGUCUGUCAAACUCCUCCUGUCCCGCAGUGUCCCAUAACGACAGUUCCAUAUGGAUUCCGUCGACAAAGAUAUCGUGC